AUGCCAAAGAUAGAAAUUUUGGCUGAUGACAGAUACAAAUGGAAAAAGAAAGGUACAGCUUAUACACUUAUCAUUCAAAAAGAAGAUAAAUUUGUAGGAGAUUUAGUGAAAAAUUUAGAAGCAUCUGGUCAACAG